AAUGGCACUCAUUUCAUCCAAUCAGAAGCGACGGUUUGUGCAAUACCAACGCUUCCGAGACUACAAGCAUGGCGCUGUCGCUGCUUCUGGCGUGCUUAGCCGCGCUGGCCUGCGCGAUGGCCUCGGCGCCGAUCCCGCCGGGCGUCACCUUUGACCUGAACGGCGGCGACCUCGAGCGCAGCCCGGUCUUCUCGCCUCUCGACGACGUCAAGCACAAGCACGUGCUCUUCAUCUCGCUCGCGAUCCGUGGCCACGCGACGCCGCUCUUGCGCGUCGCCGACGAAAUGGUUCGCCGCGGCUACAACGUGAGCUUUGCAACGCACGACUCUGGGAAGGAAUGGGUCCAGCGCACGGGCGCGACCUUCAUUUCCGCGGGCCCGUUCCCGAUUUCGGCCGACGCCUUGCGCGAGAAGCUCCAAGCGAUCACGCGCGAUGCGUCCACGUUCCGGGGCAUCCUCAACAUGUUCAACGACAUUUACGUCCCGACCGCGCAGCCCAUGUACGAUGCGCUGUAUCCGAUCGUCUCGGCGUCGCGCCCGGACCUCGUCGUGCUCGACAUUGCGACCAUUGGCGGCCACGACCUCGUGCACAAGCUGCAGCUACCGUACCUCGUCAACUCGCCGUCGAUUCUCUUCGACAUGGGCGGGACGCCGUCGUACGUGCCCGCGUGGGGCACGGGCUUCUCGAUCCACAUGUCGCUCUGGAACCGGUGCAUGAACCUGCUCUUCCCGCGGCUCCUCUCGGUUGCGCUCACGCCGCCCUUUAUGCAGGUGAAUAAGGCGCGCUGGGAGCUCGACUUGGCGCCGUUCCGGUCGCAGCACGACAUCUUCAAGGGCGCCCGCAUCCUUGUCAACACGGCAUUUGGCCUCGAGUACGCCCGACCGCUCUCGCCACUCAUCGAAAUGGUCGGACCGCUGCUUCCGCUCGAGAGCCUCGACAACGCGGCGUCGACAUUGCCGCCGCUCGUGAGCCAGUGGAUGGCCGCCGACGACGUCAUCUACAUCAGCUUUGGCAGCCUCUCGUACAUUGAUCCGUGGCAAGCCAAUGCGAUCGUGCAAGGCCUCUCCAAGGAUGGCGCGACGUUCAACGUGCUCUGGACGCUGCCGAACGACCAGCGUCACGUGCUGCCAUCGCAUUUGCCACCGUCGUUCCGCAUCAAAGUGCUUGGGUCCGGGUUUCCCCAUCUCAAGGUCCUCGCGCACCCUGCCGUCAAGCUCGUCAUUUCGCACUGCGGCAUGGUCUCGGCGCAAGAAGCGCUCGUGUUUGGGAAGCCCGUGCUCUGCCUUCCGUUCGUGGUGGACCAGCCCGACGUGGCGGCCCGGGUCGUCGACGCGGGGGCGGGCUUGGUCCUCGACAAGUCGCAUUUCACGCCCGAUGAAGUCCAUCACAAGGCGCGCGAGCUCAUCCAGAACGCCUCGUACGCGGCCGCGGCCGUCCGCGUUGGCGCGGCGCUCAAGGAGGCCGGUGGCAUCAACCGGGUGCUCACGAUCGUCGAGUCGACAUUGCAGUUUGGCCACGCCCACUUGACGACCGUCGACUUGCUCCUGCCGUGGCACAAGGUCGUCAUGCUCGACGUCUGGGCUGUCUACGCUGCCAUCGCUUGUCUCGGGCUCGUCGGUGUUCGCGUGCUCUGCCUCUUGUGCUACCGGUUUCUCCGCAGCCUCGUCAUCGUCGCCGGAGGCGCGCCACCGCUCGAGCCAUCGUCGAAAGCCCCUUCGACGGCCACCGAGACACCGCCGCCGUCGUAG